AUGGACAAGUCCGAGAGCCAGAUGGAGAUGGUGGAGCGAGCCAGCACGGCAGGGCAGAAGGACCGCGGCUUCCUAGAAGGGGGACUGCUCCUACUGCUGCUCCUGGUGGCCGGAGCCCUAGUGACCCUGGGUGUCCUCUACGCCAACAGCCGAGGGAAUCGGCUGCUGCCUUUCACUAGUCUGCUUUGUUUCUCAAAGGACAAGAGGACCAGUGUAGAGCGGAAACCGCGAGGUAGCCUUCCUGCCCCACCAGACGUGGGCUGGAACCCCCAGACUUUCCCUGGAUGCUUAACAAGUGCUGCCAGGAUCCUCCAGAGCAUGGACCAGAACCAGGAACCCUGCGACGACUUCUACCAGUACGCCUGUGGUGGCUGGCUGAAGCACCACGUGAUCCCUGAGACCAACUCCCGCUACAGCAUCUUCGACAUCCUUCGGGACCAGCUGGAAGUCAUCCUCAAAGGGGUACUAGAGAACCCCACCUCCAAGGACCGGCCAGCCGUGCAGAAGGCCAAGACGCUGUACCGCUCCUGCAUGAAUGAGAGCAUGAUCGAGAAGCGAGACUCCCGGCCGCUGUUGGACAUCCUGGAGGCGGUGGGGGGCUGGCCGGUGGCCAUGUACAAUUGGAGCAAGAUCACCGGCCCCAACUGGGAGCUGGAGCGGCAGCUGGCCGUCAUGAACUCCCAGUUCAACAAGCGUGUCCUCAUCGACCUCUUCAUCUGGAACGACGACCAGAACUCCAGCCGCCACAUCAUCUACAUAGACCAGCCCACCUUGGGCAUGCCAUCACGGGAGUACUACUUCAACAUCGGCAGCAGCGAGAAGGUGCGGGAGGCUUACCUGCAGUUCAUGAUCUCGGUAGCCUCGCUGCUACGGUCAGACAUGAACCUCACCCAGGAUGACGAGCUGGUGCACAGGGACAUGACCCUGGUGCUCGACUUGGAGACACAGCUGGCAAAUGCCACAGCACCCCAGGAGGAGAGACAUGACGUCACCGCGCUGUACCACCGGAUGGACCUCCAGGAGCUGCAGAGCAGUUUCAAUCUGAAGGGCUUUAACUGGACUCUCUUCAUACAAACUGUGCUAGCCUCUGUCGGAAUCAAGCUGCUGCCAGAAGAAGAAGUGGUCGUCUAUGGCAUCCCCUACCUCAAGAAUCUCGAGAAUAUCAUAGAUGCCUACUCAGCCAGGACCAUGCAGAACUAUUUGAUCUGGCGCCUGGUCCUGGACCGCAUCGGCACCCUGAGCCAGCGAUUUAAAGACACACGGAUGAAUUACCGAAAGGCGCUGUACGGCACAACCUUGGAGGAGGUGCGCUGGCGGGAGUGCGUCAGCUACGUCAACAGCAACAUGGAGAACGCCGUGGGCUCCCUCUACGUCAGGGAGGCCUUCCCCAGCGACAGCAAGAGGAUGGUGAAAAACCUCAUCAACAAGGUGCGGGCUGUGUUUGUGGAGAACCUGGACGAGCUGAGCUGGAUGGACGACGGGUCCAAGAGGAAAGCCCAGGAUAAGGCCAUGAGCAUCCGAGAGCAGAUUGGCUACCCUGACUACAUCCUGGAGGAGACAGACCAGCAACUAGACCAGGAGUAUUCCCACCUCAACUUUUCUGAGGGUCUGUACUUUGAGAACAGCCUGCAGAACCUGAAGCUCAGCUCUCAGAGGAGCCUCAAGAAGCUGAGGGAGAAGGUGGAUCCCAACCUCUGGAUCAUCGGAGCAGCGGUGGUCAACGCAUUCUACUCCCCAAACCGAAACCAGAUCGUGUUCCCUGCCGGGAUCCUCCAGCCCCCGUUCUUCAGCAAGGAGCAGCCACAGGCUUUGAACUUUGGGGGCAUCGGCAUGGUGAUCGGGCAUGAAAUCACCCACGGCUUUGACGACAAUGGCCGGAAUUUUGACAAAGACGGCAACAUGCUGGAUUGGUGGAGCAACUUCUCAGCCCAGCACUUCCGAGACCAGUCGGAAUGCAUGGUCUACCAGUACGGUAACUACAGCUGGGACGUGGCUGAUGAUCAGAACGUGAACGGGUUCAGCACACUCGGGGAGAACAUCGCUGACAAUGGAGGGGUACGGCAGGCCUAUAAGGCUUACCUGAAGUGGCUGAAUGAGGGAGGCAGCGACCUCCAGCUACCAGGUUUGGAUAUGACAAACAAGCAGCUGUUUUUCAUCAACUACGCCCAGGUGUGGUGCGGGGCCUAUCGGCCCGAGUUCGCCGUCCAGUCCAUCAAAACGGACGUCCACAGUCCCCUGAAGUACAGGGUGCUGGGCUCGCUGCAGAAUCUGGCCGCUUUUGCGGAGGCCUUCCACUGCGAGCAGGGCACCCCGAUGCACCCAAAGCAGCGCUGCCGCAUCUGGUAGCCCAGGCCAAGCCGCGCACGCCCACCCGCUGCCAAGAGGUCGGAGGAGCAAGA